CAGUGAGUUUGAGAGUAUGAACUGUGAAGUGAACACAUUGAUACACUGUUGCAUGGCCUACUUCUCCCACUACCUUCCAAUCUACAAUUUUUUUUAUUAAAUUAUUUUUCAUUUAAAUUUCUUUUGAUAAUUAUUUUCAGCCAUUUUUAUUUUUUACCUCAGAUUUUAAGCUCAAAUUGAGUACAAGUUAACUUCACAAAUACUACUUUCUCUCUCUAUCACAUUUAUAAAAUCCAAAAUAUUUUUGGGUUUUAGAGAGAGAAACAAUCCAAGAAAAACCCAGAAAACAGAGAGUUUUAGAGAGAGAAAACAGAGUUAUUUGCAGAGAGAAUGGAAACAAUCUCAGUUUCCAAGCUGAUUUUUUUGAGCAUUUUUCUGGGUUUUUUCCAGUUGAUAAAUUCAGCUAGAAUUGGUUAUGAUAAUAAGGGUAUUACCAUUAAUGGCCAACGCAAACUCCUCAUUUCUGGUUCCAUUCAUUAUCCCAGAAGUACCCCUGAUAUGUGGGAAGAUCUUAUAAAGAAGGCUAAACAUGGAGGACUAGAUGUUAUUGAUACUUAUGUAUUCUGGAAUGGGCAUGAACCUUCCCCUGGAAAAUAUCAUUUUGAAGGGAGAUAUGAUUUAGUAAGGUUCAUAAAGAUAAUUCAUAGAGCUGGACUGUAUGUUAAUCUCCGCAUUGGUCCCUAUGUUUGUGCUGAAUGGAAUUUUGGUGGAUUCCCUGUAUGGUUGAAGUAUGUUCCUGGAAUCAGCUUUAGGACAGACAAUGAGCCAUUUAAGAGAGCAAUGCAAGGUUUCACUGAGAAGAUUGUUGAUAUGAUGAAAAAAGAGAACUUAUUUGCAUCUCAGGGUGGUCCUAUAAUCAUGUCUCAGAUUGAGAAUGAAUAUGGUUCGGAGGAAAAGGAAUAUGGGGCUGCUGGUAAAGCAUAUGUAGACUGGGCUGCAAGCAUGGCUAAUGGAUUAAAAACUGGAGUCCCAUGGUUGAUGUGUAAGCAAGAUGAUGCCCCGGACCCAUUGAUAAACACGUGCAAUGGUUUCUACUGUGAUUAUUUCAAGCCUAAUAAACCAAACAAACCCAAGAUGUGGACUGAAGCUUGGAGUGGAUGGUUCACUGAAUUUGGAGGUCCAGUUCAUGAGCGACCAGUUGAAGAUUUGGCAUUUGCGGUUGCUCGUUUUAUACAAACCGGUGGUUCAUACAUCAACUAUUACAUGUACCAUGGUGGAACCAAUUUUGGACGAACAGCUGGUGGACCAUUCAUUACGACUAGUUAUGAUUAUGAUGCCCCAAUCGAUGAAUAUGGUUUGAUUAGGCAACCUAAAUAUGGGCACCUAAAGGAUCUACAUCGAGCCCUCAAGCUUUCAGAACGAGCAUUACUCUCUUCAGAACCUGAAAUCACUUCAUUGGGAACCUAUCAUCAGGCUUUUGUCUUCAAAGGUCAAGGAACUUGUGCUGCUUUUCUAUCCAACUUCCAUUUCACUUCAUCAGCAAGGGUGAAAUUCAAUAAUAAGCACUAUGAUCUACCUGCUUGGUCUAUUAGCAUACUCCCUGAUUGCAAACACGUAGUCUUCAACACUGCUAAGGUUGGAGUUCAAACCUCACAUACUCAAAUGAUACCAGCCAAUUCUCGGUUGCUCUCGUGGAAGAUGUACGAUGAAGAUCUUUCUUCGUUGGAGGAAAGCCCAACGAUGACUGCUCCUGGACUUCUAGAACAGAUCAAUGUCACCAGAGAUAGCAGUGACUAUCUUUGGUACAUGACCAGUGUCCAUGUCAGCCCAUCAGAUUUGCAUGGAGCUCCCAGUCUCAUGGUGGAUUCAGCAGGGCCUGCACUUCAUGUUUUUGUUAAUGGAAAGUUUGCAGGGUCAGCUUUUGGGAAUAGGGAGGACAGGAGAUUAACAUUUAAAGGACCUGUCAAUCUUCACUCAGGAAUGAACAGAAUUACUUUGCUAAGUGUGGCAGUUGGUUUACCGAAUAUCGGGACACAUUAUGAAGCAUGGAAGACUGGAGUUCUUGGUCCAGUGGUGUUGAAUGGUCUUAGCAGUGGCAAGAAGGAUUUAACAUGGCAAAAAUGGUCAUAUCAAGUUGGAUUGAAGGGAGAGAAUAUGCAAUUAUCAUCUCCAAAUGGAGCUUCGUCUAAUGAAUGGAUUGAUGCUUCACUUGCUGCACAGAAAACUCAACCCUUAACUUGGUAUAAGGCCAACUUUGAUGCACCUGGUGGGGUUGAACCAUUGGCUGUAGAUAUGAAAAGCAUGGGUAAAGGUGAAAUAUGGAUCAAUGGUAGAAGUAUAGGAAGAUAUUGGACUACUUAUGCAAAGGGAGAUUGCAAACCUUGCAGUUACGCUGGAACAUACCGUCAAGGAAAUUGCCAAUCUGGCUGCAAUAGCCCAACCCAAAGAUGGUACCAUGUUCCAAGGGCUUGGUUAAAGCCAACACAAAAUCUGAUGGUUGUCUUCGAAGAACUAGGUGGGGAUGCAUCAAAGAUCUCUCUGGUGAAGAGAUCAGUGUCACGUGUUUGUGCAGAUGCAUUUGAACACCAUCCAAUGGUUCAGAACUGGCGGGUAGAUUCCAAUGGCGAUCAGCAAAUAAUGCACCGUACGAAGGUUUACUUGCAGUGUGGACCAGGGCAGUCAAUAUCGUCCAUCCAAUUUGCAAGUUUUGGCACCCCAUUCGGAACUUGUGGAAGUUUCGUCAAGGGAGCAUGCCACUCUGAGAGCUCCCACGAUAUAGUAGAGAAGCUUUGUGUUGGUCAAAGAAGAUGCUCUAUUCCUAUAUCCAACUCAAAUUUCGGGGGAGAUCCUUGUCAUAACACGUUAAAACGACUAACAGUUGAAGCUAUUUGUUCUUAAGCACAACCACCAAAACCAAACCAGUCGAAACUUUCCAGUUUGUAAAGGCUAUAGAGCUCUACGACCACGUGUGUUCAUAUAGAAAUUGAUAAGGGAGGAGGAAAAAGGAAGGCAAAGAUAGAUAAAUAAAGGUCAAAGACCAUCAAUGGCAUCUUAUCCUUAUGGAAACGGAUACACAAUUCAGCAGAUUAUACAGCAAGGUGUCUGUGUAUAGUUGCCAUUCCCUCACCUUUUAUUAGGGAAUGAGAUAGAAGCAAAGGACUCGAUAAUUAUAUAUUCCUAGUAUUAUUUAUGUGUGUUCCAGGAGUAGGUAUCUUAGAAUUAUGGUUGCUUUUCGAUUUUUUCUUCUUCAUAUCUUUGUUUGUGCUCCAUCCUUAAUCUAUGUGUUUUGAACUACUCCGUAGUAUUGUUUCUCAUUUGAGCCUAAUUCAAUGAAGUAAUUCAUUUUUGGCA